AUGAUUCUGUUCGCUCUGCGUUGUGACAAAGCCGUUUAUGCUGGUGUUAUCGUCUGGAAUCUCGAAGAACGCAGCUGUAUUGCCUCGUUGCGUGGCACAGGUGCUGUGAGUGCUGUGGAGUUUGUGAAGCAGAACAGCGUGCUUGUUGGUUACUCAGACGGCGGUGUUUCAUUCUUUUCACUGCACGGCGAAAAAAAGCUACUUCAUCGAUGGAAUAAUCAUACAAGUCAAAUAGUGGGCAUUUUUGUCAGCGCGAUGCCGGAAGCUGUGUUCAUAAGCCGCGAUCAAACACUGUCAGUGGUGAACAUCGACACUAUGGAGAAGAUUAAGGUGCUGCCGUUGUUUGAGCCCAUUGAAUCGGCCGUGGUCGUUCAGGGAUCGCUAUUUACCGUCGGCGAAGAAGGUGUCUUGAAGUGCUGGAAUCUUCAAAACGCGAAGCUAUUGAAAUCGGCGAAUAUAUCUACAUGCCGCGUUGAUACGGUGCUGUACAAUGCGUCCCGCGGAAAGUUUCUUCUGGCAACCUCCGACUUCAAUGUUUUUUUGGUGCACGAAGAAACUUUCAAAAUUGAGCGCCAGUUCGUCGGUUUUAAUGAUCAAAUCUUCGAUAUCUGCUACAUUGGCACGGAGCAUCAGUACCUGGUUGUGGCCACGAACAGUGCCGAUCUGCGGCUGUACGAUACAACCAACUGGUCUUGUCGUCUCAUCACCGGUACAUCCUUUUUUAUGCGUUUUGUGCUGUGUAACAGCAGUAAAAAACGCAUAUUGUCACGGGGUUGUCUGUGUGUGUGUUUGUCCGCAGCAACUUGUCCGCGACUUUCAACUCGGGAACCACAAAAGCUAGGAAGCUGA